AUGGAGCAGUGGAGAGUAGCGCAAGGCUGUGUGUUCUGUGGCGAGCCAAAUGAGACUAGAGAUCAUCUCUUCUUCGCAUGUCCUUACACAUUCACUGUAUUGAUUGACGCAGUAGGUGAUCUGUUAGAAGCCAAUGCCGAUCCUGAUUGGGAAGCUACUCUUUGUCGCUUGGUGGAACACAAGUAUAAUCGACUCACCUUUAUACUCUUGAGAUUGGUGUUCCAAACGUCCAUUUACUACCUAUGGAAGGAGAAGAAUGAUAGGAGACAUACGGGGAAGAUCAAGCCGGUAGCCCAGAUGAAUUCUCUUAUAGACAAAACGGUUCGGAACAGGAUCUUGUCUACCCGUUACUUUGAGAAAGCAAAGCUUCGGGGACUGCUCCAACGAUGA